AUGUCUGCCACAGCCACCCAGCAAAUACCUGCCGUGCCUCCGCGCCCAGAAAGAUCAGCGGACACCCCAAAGGUGCCGCCACGCCCUAUCCACCGAGCCAUCGAGCGCUCUCUGUCACCAAGUAAAGACCGGUUCGCCCCGUCUCCGCUUAGCGAGACGUUGUCAAAGAGCCCCGGUGGCACUCUGCUCCUCCACAACAAUGGCUCCUCAAAGCUGUCCGAUUCCGUGGACCAUGGCAACUCCGUCGAGCUCCCUUCGCUCGGCCAGGAAGGUCUAGAAUACGCCGCUGUGGAGGAGUUGAGCACCUCCAAAUCACAGGCGGGCAGCAUUCAUGCAUCUUCUCCUGAACACACCAGGACUGUCGGGGACGACAUUAAGCUGCAUGCACCGAAGCCGUCACUCCCGGCUUCGAGCGCUAAAGCGCGCGUGGCCACAGUAACGCACACCAACAGUGAGAAAGCAGCCUCCUUCGGAAUUGGGCUUGCCAAUGGCGACGAUGCCACGCCCCAGCCGACGAAGAAGAAGGCAAGCACCGCCAGUCAAGAGUUUCCCUCGGAUGACGCCAUCGAGGAGGACGAACACGGCAUUCCUGAGAUUGGCCUCCAGGUUCCAAUGUACCCCAAUGCCGGCGACGUCCAGGCUCCCUCUCCGGCUCUGGCCGACGAGACGGGCGAGCUCCUGGCCAAGAAGAGUCAGUCCAAGCGCAGCUCUCGCAACUUUGUCGACCUGCCUCCUGGCAGCUACGGCCUGCAUGGCCACGGCGUCCUCCCGUCCGACAAGUUGGAGAAGGACUACUACAGCAAGCACCCCGAGCUGGCUCGGCUCGAGCGCACACCCCACCACUCGGACCGCGCAAAGGACUUUUCCAAGUCGAGUGAUGAGCUCAACAAGAUUGUGUACGAAACGGCCAGCCAUGGCAAUGGCGUUGGCGCCCAUGACUCAAACGGCACCCCUAGCGAACAGGUGGGCUGGCAAGCCAUUGAGGAGUCGAUUUCACGCCCCGCAUCGGUGGCACCCAAGGGCAAAUCCAGCAGCUUUGGCAGCCAGUCGUCUGUCACAGCAACCGUGCCGAAGUUGGCUGUUUCUGCAACUCCUGGAAUCUCCGUUUCCCAGGCGGUCGAAGAUCAACCCACCACCAUUCACGUCGACGAUUCAACCCGGCGUAAGAGUGUGAUGUUUACUGAAGACUACAUUGUCGACGGAGAACCUCAAGACGAAGCACCCAUUUUAGCUCCUGACGAGGUCGCUAAGGACCCGUCCGCCUACAACCACGAGCCUGCCGUCGAGCCUGCUUAUGAGCGUCGUUUGAGCUACGAGGGUUCGAGCAGCCGUUCAAGUAGUCGGGUAGCUAGUCGCUCGAACAGUCGUCCGAACAGUCGCCCGAACAGUCGUCCCUCGAGCAUCUACAAGAGCUCGCAUAUUCCGGAGGAGACAGAAGUCACAGCGGAGGAAGAAUACGAGCCGCUGUUUCCGAAAGACGACGAGAAGGUUGAGAAGCCCCGCUCGAUCUCGUCAAAGUCAGCCAACGGCGAGGAGGGCACAGGUCGGUUCCCUAGUCGGGAUAUUUGGGAAGACGCCCCGAGUAGCGCCCUGUACACCGCCGAAGUCUCAACACCGGAUGUUUUAGCCGAGACAGUCUCGGCAUCAAAUAUUUCGGCCCGUGACGGAGAGACUGCAGCACAAGCAUUCGCAAGACGUCAGGAGGAGCUUGCCGAAAACGAGUUACAAGGGGCAAACUCGUUUAUCGAAAACCGGAAACCCCAACCGCCAAGCACGUGGUCUCAGCAGUCGCAUCUAACCAAGGGAGUCAUGGCUGGUACUAGCUCACCUACCUCUGCUGCCAGCAGCAGCAGCAACCUCCGGCGUCCGGCUAUGGGACAGCGGUUUCCCAGCCGUGAUGUCUGGGAAGAUGCUCCCGAGAGCUUGCAGCUCGAGACCACUGUGUCUCGUCCUGAGGACGACGAUGCGUCCCCGGUCGAAGCGACGAAGCCGUUCGUUCCGCGGAGACCCACGAGGAAACUAACGGACCCGGAGAAGGCUCUACCGCUUGUUCCCAUUCGGCCGAAGCCGAUGGCGGCAACGGUAGAAGAGGCCGGCCACACAAAACCCACCGUUUCAGAGAAAGCCAAACCUUUGAUUCCAGUUCGUCCUGUGAAGCCGGCGCAGCGUCCCGCCACAGACAAGGGACCAGAACUGGCAGCCAAGCCUAAGCCGCCUGUUCCGGCUCGGCCUGCCGGUGGCAAGAUCGCACAACUGCAAGCGAGCUUCAUGUCAGAUCUGAACAAGAAGCUCAAGAUCGGACCGCAGGCGCCGAAGAAGGAGGACGCAGCUGCCCCGGCAGAGGAGGUCGCUGCAGAAGCCGUGAAAGCACCGCUUCUGGAUGCCCGCAAGGGUCGUGCCCGCGGUCCCCAGAGACGUGCACCACGGUCGAGCGCCAGUCCUGCUGCAGUGGUGGCAGCGACCGGUGCGACCACGGCUGCGGCUGCUUCUGUACCCGUAACGCUAAGCUUCUCGACGACAUUCACGCUGUUCAGCAUCGAUCCCGAAGCGGAUGUGCUUAGUGUAAAGGAUGGUGACGUCCCUGCCGUUGAGGCGCCUGCGAAGGUUGAGGAGUCGAAGGCGGAGCCAACAGAAGAGCCCAAUGAAGAGUCGAAGGAAGAGGCGGCAGAAGCAAAGGUCGAAGCGACAGAAGAGGCGAAUGUGGUUGAGGAGACAAAGCUGGACACCGAAGAGAAGACGGAAGAGAAGACUGAAGAGAAGACUGAAGAGACGGUCGAACAAGAGAGCGAGGAGGUGGCGUCAGCAGUCCCCGAGGCUGUAGGCGAGACGCUGGCCAAGGCUGAGCCCAAAGUGGAGGCUGCUGCUGAAACUGACGAAAUUGCAGGCGAGGCAGAAAAGACGGCUUCGGUCGAAGAAGCUGCAUGA